AUGGCCGGUGCGGGAAACUUUCUCAAGUUUGCGAUCCUGCUGCCGGAACAGCCGAGCAAACGGCGCGACGUGCGCAUCCUGUCGACGGUGCUGCCGGUGAUCGAGAUGGCGAAGAACGCGGUGACCGCCCCCGGUGGGCUGCUGCCCAAUUUUCGCAUCGAAAUCGACCACAGGGACACACAGUGUUCGUCCACCUUCGGGGCCCUCGGAGCGUUCGAUAUCUUUCUCAAGCGAAAACCAGAUGUAUUUUUUGGCCCCAUCUGCGACUACGUGAUCGCACCCAUCGCCCGCUACUCGUCCGUCUGGGGCAUCCCUCUGAUCACGUCCGGUGGGCUGACGGAGGCGUUCUCGCUGAAAGCGCCCAACUACCGGACGCUGACGCGGAUGACCGGCAACUACCACGCGUUCGGGCUGAUGAUGCGCGAGCUCCACCGGCACUACAACUGGACGAUCCAGGCGUACCUGUACCACGAGCACGACGAGAAGUCCGGCCGCGGUUUCACCGACUGCUCGAUGGCGAUCACGUCCAUCAACCGGGCGAUCGGUGGCAACGAGACGUCGUCCGGCACCUUCGACGAGGAGACGGCCAAGUACGCGGACUACCUGCGGCUGCUGCGCCAGAUCGAGCGGCGGGCCAGAAUCGUCAUCAUGUGUGCCAGCCCGUCGACGAUCCGCGAAAUCAUGCUGGCGGCCGCCGAACUCAAUAUGGUCAACAGUGGCGAGUACGUGUUUUUCAACGUCGAAAUAUUCGGAAGCAUGGCAGCGACCAAGCAGCCACCUUGGUACGCCAAGAACGACACCGACGAGCGGAACCAGAAGGCGAAGGAAGCGUUCACCGCGCUGCUGCAGGUGGUGGCCCGUGAACCGGAGGACGACGAGUAUCGCCAGUUCUCCCAGGAGGUGAAGGAGCUGACCCGGACGAAGUAUAACUACACGUACGCCGAGGACGAACCAGUGUCCACGUUCGUGACGGCGUUCUACGAUGCGGUGCUGCUGUAUGCGUACGCCCUGAACGACAGUAUCGUCCAGCUCGGCGAGCAGCAGGCCCUCCGGCAGCCCCUGAACGGGACGCACCUGGCCCAGCUGAUGUGGGGCCGCAGCUUCAAGGGCAUCACCGGCAACGUGACGAUCGACGCGAACGGCGAUCGGAUCUCGAACUACUCGCUGCUCGAUCUCAACCCCGAAACGGGGCUCUUCGAGGUGGUCGCCAACUACUACUACGGCGGUGGGCUGCAGUUCGUCGAGGGGAAAGCGAUUCACUGGGCCGGCGAUCGUACGAAGGCACCGCCCGAUCGGCCGACCUGCGGUUUCGAUGGAUCGCUUUGUCCGGACAAUUCGCUUCCGGGCUAUGCCAUCCUGUCGCUGGUGCUUGGUGUGUGCGUGGUGGCCAUGGGCGUCGCGUCGUUCGUCGGCUACCGGCACUACAAGCUGGAGGCGGAGAUCAACUCGAUGACGUGGAAGGUGAAUCCGAACGAUGUGCUGUCCUGCAAUCCGAGCCGGGUGCACCGCGGAAGCCUCCACUCGAUCGCGCGACGCGGAAGCCAAGCGACGAUCUACUCCGAGGACCUCAACUCGCUGCCGGGCGACCGGCAGAUCUACAUCCAGUUCGGGUUCUACCGGGGCUGCAAGGUGGCGAUCAAGAAGAUCAACGUGCACAACAUCAGCCUCAACCGGUCGCUGAUGCUCGAGUUCAAGCGCAUGAAGGACCUCCAGCACGACCACCUGGUCCGGUUCUACGGGGCGUGCCUCGAUCCGCACCCGGCCGAACCGUUCAUCCUGACCGAGUACUGCCCGAAGGGUUCGCUGCAGGACAUCCUGGAGAACGAGACGAUCAAGCUGGACUGGAUGUUCAAGCUGUCGCUCAUGCACGACGCCUGCAAGGGGAUGGCGUUCCUACACUCGACCGACCUCCACACACACGGUGCCCUCAAGUCUUCGAACUGUGUCGUCGACUCGCGGUUCGUCCUGAAGGUGACCGACUUUGGGCUGCACCAGCUGCGACGGAACUGUGGUGAAGAUUCGGACAUCGAGAGUUACGCCUACUGGAAGAAGCUCCUCUGGACCGCACCGGAACUGCUGCGCGAUCCCCGCUAUCCAACGGCCAGUAGCCAGAAAGGGGACGUCUACUCGUUCGGCAUCAUCAUCCAGGAGAUCGUGUCCCGGCAGGGCCCGUUCUACCUCGGCUCCGACGACGACAAAUCCCCCAAAGACAUCAUCAAACUAGUCAAAGAGGGUCCCGGCCUGCUGGGAGCCCCGUUCCGUCCGCAGGUGGACGAAUCGUCGUACGAGGACGUCAACAACAUUAUGAUCAAGUGCUGGGCCGAGGAUCCCGCCGAGCGGCCCGACUUUGGGACGCUGAAAAGCAUCAUCAGGAAAAUUAACAAAGAAAACGAAUCUGGUAACAUAUUAGAUAAUUUAUUACAACGCAUGGAACAGUACGCCAACAAUCUGGAGGCGUUGGUCGACGAACGAACGCGGGACUACUUCGAGGAGAAGCGCAAAUGCGAGGAACUGUUGUACCAGCUGUUGCCCAAAUCCGUGGCGGCGCAGCUGAUCAUGGGCAAAUCUGUGAUAGCGGAAACGUAUGAUCAAGUAACUAUUUAUUUUAGCGAUAUAGUCGGCUUCACCGCGAUUUCGGCGCAAAGCACCCCGAUGCAGGUCGUCGAUCUGCUGAACGAUCUCUACACCUGCUUCGACUCGAUCGUCGAGAACUUUGACGUCUACAAGGUCGAAACGAUCGGUGACGCAUACAUGGUCGUGUCCGGGCUCCCGGUACGUAACGGAAAUUUGCACGCCCGCGAGAUAUCUCGCAUGGCCCUGCGGCUGCUGGCGGCCGUCUACAAGUUUUCCAUCCGCCAUCGGCCCAACGAGCAGCUGCGGUUACGGAUUGGGCUACACAGCGGACCGUGUGUGGCCGGUGUGGUCGGAUUGAAGAUGCCACGGUACUGUCUGUUCGGGGACACGGUCAAUACGGCCAGCCGGAUGGAAUCGAACGGAGAGGCACUCAAGAUUCACGUCAGCCACACCACAAAGACGCUGCUGGACACGUUCGGCACGUUCGACGUCACCGAGCGAGGUCUGGUGCCGAUGAAAGGCAAGGGCGAAAUGCUGACCUACUGGCUGAAUGGGGAGCGCCCCGGACGGGAUGCUAAUGGUGGCCCACUGGGUUUGAUACUGCCGAACGGCAUGAAACAGGCGGGCACCGGUGGUCGUCAAGCACCGGUGGUGGUGGCGGCGGCCCCAUUAACCGAAGGACUGCUGGCCACUUCAAGCGAGCCGCAGCAAAACCCGGUUGGCGGCAGCCCGGCGUUAACGGCACGGCCCGAAACCCCCGUUGCCGGCAUCCUAACUAACGGGACGCACCACAACAACAACAACAAUAACAACACGAUGUGCAGUCUGAACAACAAUCAUGUCCACCACCACCACCAUCACGGUUCAUCGCCCAACAAUGGCUGUCAUAAUAGUACGCACGUCACUGUAGUAACGCCCGGUGCCAAAAAGCUCAACAGCGUUUCGUACAGCUUCAUCAAAGCUCCGCCUGCUGCGACGGUGGCGACCAACAACAGUAGCAGCAGCGGUAGCAGCAAAACCCCGGCCUACCUGGCCAAGGUGGGCAAGCUUGGUGGUGGUGGUGGCGGUGCUGACGGGGACGCGGCCACAUCCGGUGGCAGCGCGGCCAACGUCGGAUCGGAAAUGGAGGUGUUACGCAGCGCUAGCAGUGGCGGUGCUAGCGUUACGCAGCCGUUACUAACGUGA